GUUGGAAUGGAGGGGUUGGGUCUGUGCCUAAGAAGCAGCAGCCGAACGUCGGUCCUGGGAGAAACCCGAGUGGAUCUGGGGUCCCUCACCAGCUAACUCUCCAGGACCCGCAGCCCCACGGCCGGGGGGGCUGGAUGCAGUGAGAGAGCCUCUCACGGGAUCCGCGUGGUGACGUGAAAGCCAAGACGUGGAAGCUUGGGACUUCUCUUCCACCGCAACAGAAUUUGGGGGGUGGGCAGGGGUGGGCCAGGGGGACGCCAGGAGUCGCAAGACCCUUCACCUUCACUGUGGGCUUGGCUCAGGGAUGACUGCAGGCAGAGUCAACCCUUACAGCAUCGUGUCCUCUGAGGAAGACGGGCUGAGGUUGACCACCAUGCCAGGUAUCAACGGCUUUGGCAAUGGGAAAAUCCACACCAGGAGGAAAUGCAGGAACAGGUUUGUAAAGAAGAAUGGUCAGUGCAACGUGGAGUUCACCAACAUGGAUGACAAGCCGCAGAGGUACAUUGCAGACAUGUUCACCACGUGUGUUGACAUCCGCUGGAGGUAUAUGCUCUUGCUCUUUUCCCUGGCAUUUCUGGUGUCCUGGUUAUUGUUUGGGCUGAUAUUCUGGCUAAUUGCACUCAUUCACGGAGACCUAGAAAACCCGGGUGGAGACGAUACCUUCAAGCCUUGCGUUCUGCAGGUCAAUGGCUUUGUGGCUGCUUUUCUGUUCUCCAUCGAGACCCAAACGACUAUUGGUUACGGCUUCCGCUGCGUGACGGAGGAGUGCCCGCUCGCGGUCUUCAUGGUGGUGGUUCAGUCCAUCGUGGGGUGUAUAAUUGACUCUUUCAUGAUUGGUGCAAUAAUGGCAAAGAUGGCCAGGCCCAAAAAACGGGCCCAGACAUUACUUUUCAGCCAUAAUGCAGUAGUGGCAAUGAGAGAUGGAAAACUCUGCUUGAUGUGGAGAGUUGGGAACCUCCGGAAAAGCCACAUAGUUGAAGCCCACGUACGAGCUCAGCUAAUUAAGCCCAGGAUCACAGAAGAAGGGGAGUACAUACCGCUCGACCAAAUAGACAUCGAUGUGGGCUUUGAUAAAGGCUUGGACCGUAUCUUCUUGGUGUCUCCCAUCACCAUUCUCCAUGAGAUCAACGAAGACAGCCCCUUGUUUGGGAUCAGCCGCCAGGACUUGGAGACAGACGACUUUGAGAUCGUGGUCAUCCUGGAAGGCAUGGUAGAAGCCACCGCUAUGACGACACAAGCUCGGAGCUCCUACCUGGCCAGUGAGAUCCUCUGGGGCCACCGCUUCGAGCCCGUCUUGUUUGAGGAGAAAAACCAGUACAAAGUAGACUAUUCCCACUUCCACAAAACCUACGAGGUCCCGUCCACCCCCCGUUGCAGCGCCAAGGACUUGGUGGAGAACAAAUUCCUACUGCCCAGCACCAACUCCUUCUGCUACGAGAAUGAGCUGGCCUUCAUGAGCCGCGACGAGGAAGAGGAAGACGAUGACAGCCGGGGUUUGGAGGACCUGAGCCCGGACAACAGGCACGAGUUCGAUAGGCUUCAAGCCACAAUAGCGUUGGAUCAGCGGUCAUACAGGAGGGAGUCGGAAAUAUGACUCUUGGUCCUUCCAUUGACUUUUCCGAGGGUAUUUUUUUUCCUCCUCUAAUCUCUUCCCCUACAACCCGCUCAAAUUAUGCAGAACAAUGCAAGUGCCAUAGGAAUGCUUGAGAAAUUAGUAUCGUUCAUAGUUUUCAGUUUCAUCGCAAUAACCACUGAGCGGUCUGCAGGAGG